AACCAUAUUGUUUCUUUCUUUUUCCAUCUCAUUUCUUGUUUUGCUUUUUUCUGUUUUCAUACAGAGAAAGAAGAAGAAGAAAAAAAAAUGGCUACACUAAUUUUACCUCCAAUUCCUCCUUCUCCUAGAGAUGAUGCCAUGCAACUUUACCGUGCUUUUAAAGGAUUUGGGUGUGACACAACUGCUGUGAUCAAUAUUCUUGCUCAUCGAGACGCUACACAGCGUGCCUACCUCCAACAAGAAUACAAAGCAACAUAUUCUGAGGAGCUAUCGAAACGCUUAAUUUCAGAGCUGAAAGGAAAAUUAGAGACUGCAGUUCUACUUUGGUUGCCUGACCCUGCCGCACGUGAUGCAGAAAUCAUUAGGAAGUCGCUAGUUGUGGACAGAAACCUUGAAGCUGCCACCGAAGUAAUUUGUUCACGUACUCCGUCCCAACUUCAAUAUCUAAAACAGUUAUACCAUUCAAAGUUUGGCGUUUAUCUCGAGCAUGAAAUUGAAUUAAACACAUCCGGGGAUCAUCAAAAGAUCUUGCUUAGGUAUUUAACCACCCCUCGCCACGAAGGCCUCGAGGUUAAUAGAGAAAUUGCACAGAAGGAUGCAAAGGUUCUGUACAAAGCGGGGGAAAAGAAACUGGGAACCGAUGAAAAGACAUUUGUCCAAAUAUUCAGUGAAAGGAGCAGCGCGCAUUUGGCUGCCGUCAGUUCAUAUUAUCAUGACAUGUAUGGUCACUCAUUGAAAAAGGCAGUAAAGAAUGAAGCAUCCGGGAAUUUCGGUCUCGCACUUUUGACAAUAACUGAAUGCGCUACUAAUCCAGCAAAGUAUUUUGCAAAGGUGUUGUAUAAGGCGAUGAAAGGUAUGGGGACUAAUGAUAGCACACUCAUAAGGGUCAUUGUAACAAGGACUGAGAUUGAUAUGCAGUAUAUCAAAGCUGAAUAUGCAAAGAAAUACAAGAAGACACUGAAUGAUGCAGUUCACUCUGAAACAUCAGGCAACUACAGGGAUUUUCUUCUCGCACUUUUGGGUCCGAAUCACUAGUCAAAGAUGUUCAAUCAUGUUUUCAAACUAUGAUGUUUAAAUGUUUAAAAUUUGGUAGUUUGCUGUGGUUUGUAAGCAUUAUCACAAACUUGCAUUUGAGUUUCAAUUAGGGACUUACGUAUUUCUUGGUUGUGAACAUAAUCAUUUGAUUGUUUCACUUUAUAUAGUAUUUCAAAGGCCUUUGUGGCCAUUUCAUUUCUGAGUAUAA